AUGAAGAUGUUCGUAACUGGUGGCACCCGAGCUUGGCUUGUAGUCUUGGGAUGCUGGUGUGUCGCCUUCGCCUCUUUCGAUAUAGUCAACACAUUCGGUGUCUACGAAACCUACUACUUGAAGACCUACCUCCACGGCUAUUCUCCCUCUACUGUUGCUUGGAUAGGCUCCAUUCAAGCCUGGGUCCAGCUCUCAGCCACUCUAAUUUCAGGUCCCAUCAGCGAUCGCUACGGUCCGAUGGUGAUCAUCUGGCCUUUCUCGCUGUCUUUGGUCAUUGCCAUGAUGCUCACCAGUCUCUGCACCAAGUUUUACCAGUUCUUCCUGUGUCAAGGUAUUCUUCUUGGGAUUUCUUCCGGCCUCAUCUAUGCUCCAGCUCUUUCUGUCGUCGGUCAUUAUUUCUCCAAGAAGCGCGCUCUGGCCAUGUCUCUAGCAUCCAGCGGAUCUCCGCUUGGUGGCAUCAUCUACCCCAUCAUCUUGAAUAACCUGAUCCCAAGCAUUGGCUUUGGAUGGGCUCAACGUGUUUGCGGCUUCCUAAGCCUGUUCUUGCUGGGUAUAGCCGCUGUCACGCUCCGCCCCUUGAACAUCAGAAGAAAGGGCAGUUUGAUACUCCCCGAGGCAUUCAAGAAACCAGCCUAUUCGAUCAUAGUCGUCGCCAUGUUCCUCGUCAUCCUAGGCUUCUGGUCUCCGUACUUCUUUGUUGCUGAUUAUGGCUUGGCUCAUGGUGUAUCACCGCAUCUGGCUAAUUACCUGUUUGCAUUUCUCAAUGCUGGAUCUCUUAUAGGUCGUGUGGCAGGUGGCUUUGUUGCACUCUACUUUGGUGCGUUCAAUGCUAUGGUGUUUGCUUGCUUUGCUUCUGCACUGCUUCUUUACUGCUGGCUAGCCAUUACUUCCACAGCGGGUUUGAUCAUUUUCUCACUUUUGUUUGGAGCUACGAGUGGUUUGAUCAUCGCUCUCAUGUUCCCAGUGAUUGCGCAAAUGGCAGAUCAUCCCAGCAAGAUAGGGACCUAUCUCGGCCAAGCAGUUUUCCUCAUUGGCUUUUCUGCUUUGGCAGGUGGACCUAUUAUCGGUGCGCUGUUUGCGGCUUAUCCUGGUUAUGAGCAGGGAAUCGUGUUUAGUGCUUCUGUCAUGAUGGCUGGUUCUGUUGUUGCGGUCGGUGCUAGGUAUAUGUUUGCUCCUAACAAGCUUGUUGCUUGA